ACGACGAGUGACACGAAUGGGACACAAUGAGGAUCAUUUAACAGUCUUCUGGCUCCUCGGACGCCUUCAACAGGGUCUUGUUAAUAAUUCGACGAACAGUGGAUCAAGUGAUAAAAGUGAGGUGCUCCUGAUGAUGACCUUCUGAGGACGAACCUAGCAACUUGGUCAUUGACAGCACUCGAGGAUAUCCCAACUCGCCCGGUCUUUUUUAUUUUUUUUGCCAAUCCUUGGGCCCCAUAAAAGGUGUACACAAGUCCCGAAAGUAUCUUGCGGAUUCUCCAAAUGGAUCAAAAGUAAACCGGGAGGGGAUUAUGAGAGAAUUUCGGGUUAAAUCGGACGGAUUGAGUCCCGAAAGGAGUUUGUGCGAGUGAGACAAUGCAGUACCCUGAGAAAUUUCAGGUGAAAGUUCGGUAAAAAAGGAUUGGUUUCGUACUACUUGAUCACCAAAAGUGGCAGGACCGUGGUAAUUUAGGAAUUAAAGAAAAAAUAGUUCUUUUUGUGGAGUGAUUUCUUCUGGGAGGAGGACAUGGGCGUUCAUCAAUGAUGUCCCUGAGGAUUCCGAGAAAUGUUUAAAAUGCAACAGCCAGUGGCCUUCGUACAUUUCUAGUUGUCGAGUGGAUGGAAUAUGUCAGUCACAUAAAAGUUGCACUGAUUUCAAAACAUUAGGUUUCAUCCCGACAAUUGAAAAAUGGCAGAGGAAGAGGGGACCGAGUGGCUGCUGGAGCUUCUCCACGACGUCCAGCUUUCGCAGUUCUUCACCAGAAUCCGGGAUGAUCUCCAGGUGACACGCCUCCACCACUUCGACUACGUGCAGCCCGAGGAUCUGGAGAAGAUCGGGCUGGGUAAGCCUGGGGUUAGAAGACUGAUGGACGCCAUGAAGAAGAAGAGGGCCUCCCAGAAGAAGAAAAAUCUUAUCACGAAAAUCCGUCCAGGAGGUAGUGCAAAGAGCACUAAACGCUCGUCCCAGCCUCUGGAGGCACCUGUUUCAAUACUCACUUGCUUAAUUCAAGACAAAGACGUGACGUUGUCUAUCAAAUUGGGGGAUGGGAGCUUUGGUGUUGUCAGGAGAGGCGAGUGGAAUUCCCCAACAGGGAGAACCCUUCCAGUAGCUGUGAAGGUCUUGAAAGCCGACGCCCUGACGCAGCCCUCUGUGAUAGAAGACUUUGUCUCUGAGGUACAGGCCAUGCACACCCUUGAUCAUCAUAAUUUGAUUCGUCUUUACGGAGUUGUUCUCUCCUCGCCCAUGAUGAUGGUGACGGAGCUGGCACCUCUUGGUGCUCUUUUGGAUUACCUCCGUAAACAAUGUGGCCAUAUUUCAGUGCUGACUCUCUGUGACUACGCCCUUCAGGUCGCCACAGGAAUGGCGUAUUUAGAAUCAAAGAGAUUCCUCCACAGAGAUCUUGCCUGCAGGAAUGUCCUCCUCUCGUCAGUUGAUAAAAUUAAAAUCGGGGAUUUUGGGUUGAUGAGGGCUCUACCACAGCAGGAGGAUUGCUACGUUAUGACAGAACACAAGAAAGUACCAUUUCCCUGGUGUGCACCAGAAUCUCUCAAAUCCAGGCAAUUUUCUCAUGCCUCUGACGUGUGGAUGUUUGGGGUGACUCUCUGGGAGAUGCUGACGUUCGGGGAGGAGCCCUGGGUGGGUCUCAAUGGCUCAGAGAUCCUCAGGAAAAUCGAUCGAGAAGGGGAGAGACUUUACGAGCCUGAGGCCAGUCCUCCAGCCAUGUUUCAGAUGAUGCUCAAGUGUUGGGCGAAAAAUCCUCCUGACAGGCCCACAUUUGCGUCGUUGAAGGAGUCGUUGACGUCAACGGUUCCCAGUAUUAUGAAGGCACUCAACAAAUUCGAGGAAACUGACAAAAUGACGAUAGAGCAUGGGGAUCAAAUUGUUAUUAUCGAUGGGAGACCCGAGAACUACUGGUGGAAGGGGCAGAAUCAGAGGACUUUUCAAGUUGGACAUUUCCCCAGGUGUCUUGUCGAUCCCAUGAGAAGAAAGCAGCCCGAGGACAUCAGUAAACCCCUGGAGAACUCAUUCAUACAUACUGGGCAUGGAGUCCCCUUCGGAAAGAGUUGGGGAAGUCCUCAAUUCAUCGACGACGUUUACCUCAGGAAUCCCAUGGAACCUCCUGAUGUUGUGGGUGUCACUCCAGCUGACAAGAGAAAAUUCCCUGCGCAAAAAUCGAAGAAUCAGUUCAACUACAGGAAAUUCCAGAAUGAUUUGAGAUCUAGUCCUAUUAAAACGAGUAACGUACAAAAUCACGAGGGAAGUUUGAUAGAUCUGUCUCCAGAGGAAAUUGCCAACGCAGUGAAUCCUGACUCCGGAUGUACAAGAGUCGUCAACAUACUGGAUGAGCCCAUCGAGGCCUUCGGGGGAAGACCUGAUGAGAUUUGGCCUGACGAAGAAGCCGGGAAUUACGCCAAUUUUCCAGGAGGAAAUCGAGUGCAAAACGAUCCUUUUGACACCUCCAGGGUCUUCAUGGGAACUCCAACGUCCCGGUAUUACUCCCACGUACCUCAGGACACUAUGAACCAUUAUCUGAAAACCCAGCAGUCGUACAUGAACGUAGAGACCACUGAGGUGGCCUCAAGUACCCAAGGAAAUCCAGAGGUUAAUGGUACAAAUGUGGAUAUCAAUCAAUACUCUUUGAACCUCAAUAAGGAUAUCAGAUCGGAAAACACAAAUUUAAAUAUGAGUGAACGAGCAGAGGGGAAUGGAAACUCUCAACACUACAGUGAGGUCGAUAAAGUGUCCUCAGGAACUUCCAGUCAGGUGAUUUGGCCUGAGGACUUAUCUGAAGAACCACAGACUUACACUAAUGUCACUGCCAGGCCAAAUUUUCCAGUGGUCGCACCACCUCCACCGCCCAUUGGCCCCAACGAGAGUCCCCCCAAGCCAAAAUCCAACGUCGAUAUUGCUCAAAGCAUGGGGGAACUGACCAUCGACGUUAAACCCCAGAGUUCUCCAAAAAAACUCGACUCCGCUUUUCUGGCUGAAUUAGAGAAGCACCUGGGGGCUAAAGAGGUCUGUAAAAACACGAAUGAGGCACCUGGAGGUUACUCCACAGUUAAUAAAGCCCAGGAGGGGACAUCUGCAGGGAUUCCCAUGCUGAGACCUCCACCCCAGACCGCGAAAUCACGAUCUCCAAAUGGAGAGUUAAGGGGUUCAACGAGUCUACCUUCCAAAGUCCAGAACUCGUGGCAGAGUAAAAAUACGAAUAUCCAGAGGCCACAGAGUCAAUUAAUCCAAUCGAGUCCUCAAAAUCAAAUGGUGGAGAGCAGUACUGAGACGAUAAUUGGACAAAUGUGGCAGCAGGCACACUCACCAGAUACUCACAAUUUUUACUCCUCCACCUCGUCCCACAGUCUUCAAAAUGACAGGAAACCCCAGCCUCCUAUCUACGCCACAUCUUCCGAAAUUCAUGAUCCAAGAGUUCAGAAUCUACAGCCCACAGUUCUGAGCAUGUCACAGAGCGAUCACAGCCAUCUUCUUCUCCAGAUAGCUCCAAAUAUAACAAGCAGUGGCACGAACACAGGGAAUCAUAAUUAUUUUCCACCUCAGCAGAACUACAAUUUUCCUCCAGCCAUUCAAGCAUCAAAUGCUGGGUCAGGACCUGGGGUAAAUCACGUGCAGAAUGAUCUUCAGCCCACGAGAGUCGCCCCACCUAGGCCCAAUGUUCCACCUGCUGGGAUACUCUCUGAAAAAGUGUACGCAGAACUCCGAGAGAACGUGCCAAAUCUCGAUCAGUUGAGUCAGAGUGAAUUCAAUACUCUCUAUAAUAAAACUGUUCAGCAGAAUAUCCUCAGAAAUAGUCAGGGGAUGUCCAACGGCAGACAGAGCCAGACACUUCCCAGAAAUUACUCCCAGGAUCAUCCCUUUGACUUCAGUCCAAGCUUGAAGCAACCUCCAGUUUAUAAUCCUCCGCCUGCCUGGAGUCCAAUGAAAAGUGGACAGAAUGGUUACUCUCAGGGGCAGAACCUCCAGAAGAGCAUUAGCUCGCCUGGGCAGGCUGGAAGUCCAAAUCUCAUGCAUUUUACACCGACGAGGCCAGCCCCUGGCCCCUCUGGUCCUUCAUCUGGCCAUUCAGGGGGGGCUGGAAGGUGUUUGCUGCCUCUGAUGAAUGAGACAGUCGUUAAUACUCAAUUGGGGACCUGUGCUGCUGCCUACCCUGGAGGGAUCAGUCCUCCACUCACUGGAGCAUCACAGCAGCUAGUCAUGUCGUUGAACGAUGAAUUCAGGGCUAGUAAAAUUAUGAAGGUCCAGAAAGACGCUGGGGAUGCCUCCCAGCAGGAGAUUCUUGCUGCUCUCCAGGCCACUGGAUGGGACACUAGCCAAGCUGCCAGACAGAUAAUCAAGGAUAGACAGGCGAAAAUUGAUAGUCUCAUAAGGUUGGGACUGGCUAAUAGACAUCAGUGCGAAGGGGCUCUCAAACAAACGGAGUAUGACGUAGAGCUGGCUGCCUCUCUUCUCCUCGACAGAGUCAGAUAAAAGGAAAAUAUUCAAUUUGAAAUUCAAGUACACCAUAAGACAAUUAAUGAUAAAUUAAAAUAAUCAAACUGAUCAUGACGAUUCGAAUCUGUUAGUUUUAAUCAGAUACACUGUGAUAUGUGCUACUAAAGGAUCUAGAUUUUACGAGUCCAGGUGGAACUUCCGGCUAUUGGUCAGUCGCUCUUUAACUUUUAGCUGUAAAUAAAUCCCUUCGCGAGAUUAGAUUAUGGAAGUGGGUGAAAAAUUAUAAAAGUGAUUCAAAUAUUUUUGUGAAGUGUUGAUGAUUAGUGAAUGUAUUGGAUAAUGAUCCAGUGAUGAGAGAUUUUUCAAACGGUAGAACAAAUCUCACAGAUCAAAAACUAUUUUUGACUAUUUUUUUUUCUGAUAUUAAAGCUGAGAUUUUUCUAGACGAAUUAAACUAUUCUUUUCAGUCGUCAGAACAAUGAGAUAUUAUUUCACGUUCCCAGCUAAUAUUAAUCUUUGCUUUAUCGUUAUGUUACAUUUAUUUUUACUUUUAUUUAACGCUCGUUAAAAACGAAAGAAACGUGCGCAGUUGACACGACUAUUUCUUUCCGAUCUUCGUUCAUUCUGAAAAUAUGUUCCUCUCUUUAUUUUCGCCACCGAAAAAUCACGCAUAAUAACGCCAACACUCCGAUAAUUUCGAUAUUCAAACUGAUUAUUGGGAUUUGGACUUCAUAAUUUUAAGCUAACGUUUAAUAACAUUGUGAUCUGAAUAUUAAUGAGUGUUGCAACAUGAAAAUACAUACGAUAGAAGUAAAA